GGGAAGGGGAAUGGGGCCGGGAAAUAGGUUCUGGGCGCUCUCCCCGGGUAUUGUGUCAGGAGAUGCGGGCUGGCUACCAUGUGACGCGGUCCAGCGCUGAAGGGAUUGGCCGAGGCGGCGCAGGCGGUGCAGCUCGUCGGCUCCCCGUUCCUCUCCCUUUCUCUCGCAGCAUCUUCCCGGGAGCCUUAGGUGAAGCAGCACCAGCCGCAUCCAUGGCCUGUCGCUGGGGUUAACACUUGUCUUUGGCUUCAGCAGCCACGGAUCCGGACGAUCGCCUGGCGGCAGCAGCAGCAGCAGCGGCCGCGGCGGUGUGGGGGAGGAUUUAGCUGGGACCUGGCAUCGUAUCCUCCAGUAUCUUUUCAGACUCCUUGGAAAUUAAGGAAUGCAAUUCUGCCACCAUGAUGGAAGGAUUGAAAAAACGUACAAGAAAGGCCUUUGGAAUACGGAAGAAAGAAAAGGACACUGAUUCUACAGGUUCACCUGAUAGAGAUGGAAUUCAGCCCAGCCCACAUGAACCACCCUACAAUAACAAAGCAGAGUGCGCGCGUGAAGGAGGAAAAAAAGUUUCGAAGAAAAGCAAUGGGGCGCCAAAUGGAUUUUAUGCAGAAAUUGAUUGGGAAAGAUACAACUCACCCGAGCUGGAUGAAGAAGGCUACAGCAUCAGACCCGAGGAACCUGGCUCUACCAAAGGAAAGCACUUUUAUUCUUCAAGUGAAUCAGAAGAGGAAGAAGAAUCACAUAAGAAAUUUAAUAUUAAGAUUAAGCCAUUGCAAUCUAAAGACAUUCUUAAGAAUGCUGCAACCGUAGAUGAACUGAAGGCAUCAAUAGGCAACAUUGCACUUUCCCCAUCACCAGUGAGGAAAAGUCCGAGGCGCAGCCCGGGUGCAAUUAAAAGGAACUUAUCCAGUGAGGAAGUGGCCAGACCCAGGCGUUCCACACCGACACCAGAACUCGUAAGCAAAAAACCUCCAGAUGACACUAUGGCCUUAGCUCCCCUCUUUGGCCCACCAUUAGAAUCAGCUUUUGAUGAACAGAAGACAGAAGUUCUUUUAGAUCAGCCAGAGAUAUGGGGUUCAGGCCAACCAGUUAUUCCAAGCAUGGAGUCGCCAAAGUUAACAAGGCCUUUUCCCACUGGAACACCUCCUCCACUGCCUCCAAAAAAUGUACCAGCCACCCCACCCCGAACUGGCUCCCCUCUCACAGUUGGACCAGGAAAUGACCAGUCAGCCACAGAGGUCAAAGUUGAAAAACUACCAUCAAUCAAUGACCUGGACAGCAUUUUUGGCCCAGUGUUGUCCCCCAAGUCUGUUGCUGUUAAUGCUGAAGAAAAGUGGGUCCAUUUUUCUGAUACAUCCCCGGAACAUGUUACUCCAGAGUUGACUCCAAGGGAAAAGGUGGUAUCCCCACCAGCUGCAUCAGAUAAACCAGAUGACUCCCCAGUUCUGGGCUCCCCAAGUCCUCCAGCCCCCCCAGGCCCUCCUGAGCCCCCUGGCCCUCUGCGAAACGUACCAUCGCCGCUCAAUUUAGAAGAAGUCCAGAAGAAAGUCGCUGAGCAGAGCUUCAUUAAAGAUGAUUACUUAGAAACAAUCUCAUCUCCUAAAGAUUUUGGGUUGGGCCAGAGAGCAACUCCGCCUCCCCCACCACCACCCACCUACAGAACUGUGGUAUCAUCCCCCGGACCUGGCUCUGGCAGUGGUACGGGGACCACCAGUGGUGCAUCGUCCCCUGCUCGGCCAGCCACUCCCUUGGUUCCUUGCAGCAGCACCACCCCUCCUCCACCGCCUCCCCGGCCUCCAUCUCGGCCAAAGCUCCCCCCAGGAAAACCUGGAGUUGGAGAUGUGCCCAGACCUUUUAGCCCUCCCAUCCAUUCCUCCAGCCCUCCUCCAAUAGCACCCCUAGCGCGGGCUGAAAGCACUUCUUCAAUAUCGUCCACCAAUUCCCUGAGCGCAGCCACCACUCCCACAGUUGUGUCAGAAGAUGAUGUUUUUUAUGACAAACUGCCCUCAUUUGAAAGGCGCUGUGAAACCCCGGCAGGUUCCUCCAGGGGACCCAGCCCCCUGACCAUGGGGGCCCAGGACACCCUCCCUGUUGCAGCAGCAUUUACAGAAACGGUCAACGCCUACUUCAAAGGAGCAGAUCCCAGCAAAUGUAUUGUGAAGAUUACUGGAGAAAUGGUGUUGUCCUUCCCUGCUGGCAUCACCAGACACUUUGCCAACAACCCAUCACCAGCUGCCCUGACUUUCCGAGUGAUAAAUUUCAGCAGGUUAGAACACGUCCUGCCAAAUCCCCAACUUCUCUGCUGCGAUAAUACCCAAAGUGAUGCCAAUAGCAAGGAAUUCUGGGUAAACAUGCCAAAUUUGAUGACUCACCUAAAGAAAGUGUCUGAACAAAAACCCCAGGCUACAUAUUAUAAUGUGGACAUGCUUAAAUAUCAGGUGUCCGCCCAGGGCAUUCAGUCCACACCUCUGAACCUGGCAGUGAGCUGGCGGUGUGAGCCCACCAGCACCGACCUGCGCAUAGAUUACAAAUACAAUACGGAUGCAAUGACAACCGCAGUGGCCCUCAACAAUGUGCAGUUCCUGGUCCCCAUCGACGGAGGGGUAACCAAGCUCCAGGCCGUGCUCCCCCCGGCAGUCUGGAAUGCUGAACAACAAAGAAUAUUGUGGAAAAUUCCUGAUAUUUCUCAGAAGUCAGAAAAUGGAGGUGUGGGUUCUUUAUUGGCAAGAUUUCAGUUAUCUGAAGGCCCAAGCAAACCUUCCCCAUUGGUUGUGCAGUUUACAAGUGAAGGAAGCACCCUUUCUGGCUGUGACAUUGAACUUGUUGGAGCAGGCUAUCGAUUCUCACUCAUCAAAAAAAGGUUUGCUGCAGGAAAAUACUUGGCAGACAACUAAUAAAUCUUGUGCAAGGAUUUGGAAGAUUCCUAUAAUGGAGAACUGUUUAUGAGAAACAGGUUUCAAUUUUGAUUUGAUGAAAACAAAUCAAAAUCUUCACUUGGGAUAAAUCUGCUGGAAAUGCCCAUGACUUUUCAGCAGUGAUUUCCCUCACACAAUACCAUGAUGACCAGUCCUACAGUAUUUACUUCUAGGUGUAAUAUUGUUAUGGUUUUAAAAUGUAAUUAUUGUAUUUGUAAAUUGUACUCAUUCUAGUAAAGCAGUUAGACACUUGAGUUUUAGUAUUUUACCACUCCUGAAAUGGAUGUAAUUUAAACUGUGGUAUGUAAAUUUAAUAGUAGUACUGUUGAAUGGCACAGUGCUUACAGAGGUAGGUUGAAUUUUGUCAAUAUAUAAAAUUUAAAUAUAAUAUUGAUAGCUAUCACAAAGGGGGUGCCACAUACAAGGGAAAUCAAGUGGAACCAGAAAAAAAACUUUUUUUCUUUCAGUUCUUAGUAUGUUUUAUUCUAGUGCUAAAUAAAAAAUUCUAUCUUCAAAUGUUUAGUGGGUUAAAUUCAGAAACUAUUUCAGAAAAAAAUUCUAAGGUUACAGCAUAUUCAAAGAAAAGCAUUAAUUAACACUUUUUAAAAAAGCUUUUUUUUCAAACUGCAAAUUUCAUAAAAAUGCAAACUGUGUAAACAGGGCCUCUUAUUUUUAUAACUUGUGUAAAAAGGGAAAGCAAUUCAUAUUUAAAGUUUAAGUAUAUGAAAUUAUAAUCAAGAGUAAAGGAGAUAUUGACAUCUUAACUACUUCCCCUCUGUCUGCAGCUUAACAAAUGUAGAGAUUGUUGAAUAAUCCAGUCAGACUAAAACCAAAGUUGUGAUUUUAAAACUUCAAGACUCUCCAAAGUUGAGCUGGUUUGCAACUUUUGCACAGUUACUCUAAACAGAGUUUCUCCCACCAAGCAUGGAGAACGGUUCCACAUAUCUUCCUCUUUACCCAUGGGAAUCAAAAUGUUGAGACCAAAAAUCUCAUUUAAAAAAAAAGUGUUUGACCCCUAUUUAAAUUCAGAAGGAGAAUUUUAAUUACGAUUGUUUGUAAUAUUUGGGAAGGAAAAAAAAAUAAGCUUUAUCAAAGAGGUUCCACAUAACUGUGUAAUAAAGUGCUUUUAGAUAAAAUUCAUUGUAUGAAACUAUAAAU